CGCUCAUUCCAGGCUCUGGAAGUUGAGAAGAGGAAAAUAAGUUGCUGCUUUAAGAAAGAGUGGAGAGAGAUAGGGAGAGGGUUUGGAUCAGUGAGCUGCUCGACUCUGCCGUUUUUUUUUCCUUCUUCUUCUUCCUCUUCCCUCCUCUCUCUUACACGGGCUCCUAAUUUGGGAUUUGUUUAAAAGCGGGACCGGACGCCUCAGGAAGACUUUUCCUUGCUGGGGAAAAGGGAAUCCUGCUUCCUCUCUCUCUCUCACAUAUACACACUUGCUCCCCAAAAUGUCUGAUUCCUCUGUCAACGCUCACUUGGAAGGGAUCAUUUCAGACUUUGAAGCACUGAAACGGUCCUUUGAGGUGGAGGAAGCAGACACGUCCUCGCUCCCGUCGCCUCUGUCCCGCCGAACCACCAACCCCCUCCGCUCGUCCACCUCCUCCACGUCCAGCCAGCGGAGCUACGACCUUAGCUCCCGCAACUCCGACCACUCCUCCUCUUCCAGGUCCUCCCCCUCCGAGUCCUCCAACCCACGCUCCCCGAAGACCGGCAUGAGGCGCAUCGACUUAUCGGGGGGCCGUAACCUGGACACAGCCUCCUCCCGCCGAUCAGAAAUCUCCAUCGAGGUCUCGUCCAAGCAGAUUGACAGCUCGCCCAGUGCCGGCAUCACCCGCUUCGGCCUCAAGCGGCCGGAGGUCAGCCUGAGCAACCGCAUGCACCUGGACAGCUCCUCCAACUCCAUCCCCAGCGCCGCCAACAGGCGGGCGGAGCUCGGUGUGACUCGCCCCCACGAGCCUCCCGCUCCCCCUAAGAGGAUGGACGCUCAGCUGUCCUCGGCCCCCGUCUCCAGGAUCCCCGAGCCCCCCCAGAGGAGAGCAGAGCCGCCGUCCCCCAGCCUCAGCCCGGUGGAGGGAGGCCCCAGGAGGCCUGAGGUGCCCGUCCUCAGACAGCCGGACGGUUCGGUGCAAAGCGGCACAGUGGAGAACAACCACCACCACGUGCCUCCCGCUCCAGUCGCCCCCCUGCCCUCCCUGACGGAGCCCCCGGUGGAGAGAGUGCAGUCACCCGUCACAGAGCCCACCUCCACCCGAGCAGCAGACAGACCUGAGGUGUUUCCCAGCUACAGCAGCAUGUCUGAGGCGGUGGUGCCGGACGCUCUGGUGUCCCCAGCAGUGAGCGGUCUGUACGGGGAGAAAGCCGGCGGCCCCACGGCGGUGGACUUCAGCUACGUGGGCAUCGACGCCAUCCUGGAGCAGAUGAGGAGGAAGGCCAUGAAGCAAGGUUUUGAGCUCAACAUUAUGGUUGUGGGACAGAGUGGCCUGGGAAAGUCUACUCUGAUGAACACGCUGUUCAAGUCUAAGGUCAGCCGUAAGUCGGUGCUGGCUACAGCCCAGGAGAAGAUCCCCAAGACCAUCGAAAUCAAGUCCAUCAGUCACGACAUUGAGGAGAAAGGAGUGAGGAUGAAGCUGACAGUCAUCGACACGCCAGGCUUUGGAGACCAGAUCAACAACGAGAACUGCUGGCAGCCCAUCAUGAAGUUCAUUAACGACCAGUACGAGGCGUACCUGCAGGAGGAAAUCAACAUCAACAGAAAGAAAAGGAUCCCCGACUCCAGAGUCCACUGCUGCAUAUAUUUCAUCCCUCCCACCGGACACUGUCUGCGGCCUCUCGACGUAGAAUUCAUGAGACGUCUCAGUAAAGUGGUCAACAUCGUCCCGGUCAUUGCCAAGGCGGAUACACUCACGCUGGAGGAGAGAGACUUCUUCAAAAAGAAGAUCAGGGAAGAGCUGCGAGCCAACGGGAUCGAUGUUUACCCACAGAAGGAGUUUGAUGAAGACGCAGAGGACAGAAUGAUUAACGAAAAGAUCAGGGAGAUGAUCCCGUUCGCUGUGGUUGGCAGUGAUCAGGAGUAUCAGGUCAACGGCAGGAGGCUGCUGGGGAGGAAGACCAAGUGGGGAACUAUUGAAGUUGAGAACAUCGCCCACUGUGAGUUUGCCUAUUUACGGGAUCUCCUCAUCAGGACCCAUAUGCAGAACAUUAAGGACAUCACCAGCAGCAUCCACUAUGAAAUGUACCGCGUGAGGCGCCUCAAUGAGAACAACACAGUGGUGGCUCACGCCAACGGUAUCCCAGAACACCAUCUGGCGGCCCAUGAGAUGUAGACGCCGGCGAAAUUCAUUCGCUAUGAGACUUUGAUCGACAGUCUUCCCUCCACUCCAGCUCCCGUCUCACCGGUGGGAUAGAAACUUAAAGGACUUCACGUUCAGCGACUUCCGGCGGCUCAGUGGAUUGUUGGCGUCAGUUUAGUGCCUCUUUAAUGACCCCGCUCCCCCAAAGACGAGUUUAACCCUUCACAAUGUGCUGCAGCUUGAUUCUUACAGUUAGCAUCCGUGGUGCCAAAAAUCCCAGUUUCUACCAAACAACGCGUCGCUUUAUUCAGUAACGUAUGAAACUCGUCCACUUUUUUCUCUUUACAUGUUUUUUAGCAGGGCUUUUUAGGAAUCUAUGCAGUUUUUAUGCGCACACGUCUGCCAACAUGUGUGGAAAGCGAAAAUAUUCAUUAUUGCAUUUGAUCACUACAUCGUCUGCGUUUGAAAAGCCUGUUUGAGGAGUGCAGGUCCAUAUCUCUCUUCAUAGUUAAAAUUAAAAGGUUGUCAAACAGCACAUCAUAUGUUUGACUUUAUUUUUUUCUCACAACCUGUGUUUUGCUUUAACUGUUCUAUGUUCAUGUUAAAUAUGGAUUCCCAUCUAUAAAUGUCUUUGUUUAUUAAUAGAAAUAUCUUAAGAGUGGUUUAAGAUGGAAAAAAAUGUAUUUAUGCACGAUGUAAAAUGUGAACGUUUGUCAUAAAUUGUGGUCCAUUUAUUCAGAAAUGCGUUCAGGCAGUCACACUCGUACGUUUCCAGCUUUUAGGCCCGUCAGUGCCUUAUUUAUUGGAGAAUGUUUUGCUAGCAGUUGGCUGAAACUGGAAAGAGAGCAGUUUGGUUUGAGCCAGGUCGACCACAUUUAGGUAUUUUUUGGUCCCUUUAAAAUCUAGUCUUCAUUAAAAUCCUUCACCUUUCUUCUAUCUUCCAUAAUGAGGAUGUUUGUCUCUCACAUAUAAUUCCCUAAGCUGUCACUGUCCUGUAUAUUCGUCUGUGUUCUGAUACAUUUUUGUACUUGUAUUAUUGAUAACAAAUUUUCCUUUAUCUUAUUUUAAAAGAAAUAAAGAUUGACGUUUUAAAUAUUUA